AUGGAUAAAAUUUUACCACCCCAAAGUGUCCAAUCAAUCCCAUCCUAUUCCGAAGUACCUACGGAAUUUCUAAACUUACUAGAGUUAGAGAUUUUUAAUAAAUUGUAUUCUAAUAAUAUUUUUAACACCAAUUCAACACGUAAACAAUGGAUGGAAUUUGCAAGAUGGGCACACUUUACAACCUCUAAAACUUACUACAAACAGUUUAGAGGGCAUUGUCGUCGUCUUUGGGCAAAAAUAUUACAUGCACAUAAUCAGCAGACAGAGGCUCAGAAAAAACCUCUAGAGCAUUAUGUUAUUCCUAAGGCAUUUCAACAAAACUCAAAAGAAAAGCUUAAUCUUGCAGACGAAACAACAAAAAAAGUUAUGUGUGGCAUUAACCUUAGUGGAUAUAGACAUGUCCUCAAGCCUCAAUGUUCUAAAAAUACAUUGGGUGAAACGAUAGUAGAUUUUUAUACCCUUCCAAAUCCUGUG